AAACCUGGCAGCUGAAGAGUGAAUACUAUUCAGAGAACAUUUAAUAAUGAAUCCAGUCUCAGUCCUUUUCUGUUCUUUGGUCCUCUUAUUCCAGGAUUCGAGUGGACAGAUCACAGUCACACAGACCCCAGCAGUGAAAGCAGUUCAAGGAGAGUCGUCUAAAACUGCAAAACCAGCAGUAAUGUAUACACAGGAUGGGGAUUCCCGCAUUAGCCUGGUACCAUCAGAACCCUGGAGCUGCUCCUAGACUCCUUGUCCACAAAGCAACAACUCUCCUCUCUGGGACACCAUCCAGAUUCAGUGCCAGUGGAUCUGAUAGGGACUUCAGUUUAACUAUCAGUGGAGUCCAGGCUGAAGAUGCAGGAGAUUACUACUGUCAGAGUUUCCACUACCCCAACAGUGUGUACGUGUGGACUUUUGGUAGCGGCACGAAGCUUGAAGUUGGAAGUAACACCAGCCCCAAACUGACAGUCUUGCCCCCGUCAAGCGAAGAGCUCUCCAGCAAGAGUACUGCCACGCUGGUGUGCCUGGCCAACGGAGGCUUCCCGUCAGACUGGGCUCUCAGCUGGAAGGUGGAUGGUAACAACAGGCCUGGGGUGGCCAGUCUCUGGGGUCUAGAGAAGAACGGCUUGUACAGCUGGAGCAGCACCCUGACCAUACCUUCCCAGGAGUGGAGCAAGGCUGCCUCCGUGACCUGUGAGGCCAAACAGGGCUCCCAGUCUCCAGUCACCAAGGUUAUAAAGAGAGGCGAAUGCUCUGACUAGAGUAGCCUACUUCCAUUUUCUACAGUCUGGGUGACUGAUUACAGUAUUUGUCUUAUUUUUUAUCGUUCAUGUGCUCACUGUACUGUGCUUACUGUCUUCAUUGACAUACAUCCACAGCCUUUACUGUUAUACUGUUCUGCCUGAUCAAUGAGAACAUGUUCUUGUGCCAUUUCUGUUGCAAAAUUUGACUUGGAAAAAAUAAAAGCUUUCUACUGAA